UGAGCGGAUGAUGAUGAUGAUGGGGCGCGAGCACGGCGCCUGCCGUGUCUCAUCAUCAUCAUCAGCUGGCUGUAGUAAGGAGCGCGCGGUGGCACUUUCUCGCGCUCUCCUCGCACGCGCUCUCUCAUUCCAGCGCGAGCGCUGUGCCAUGCAGCUCGUGCGUCUUCGCGUGCCAACCUCGCGUACGCUCGGAGCGUCAGACCCCGGCGAGAUGCGGGAACUAUAACGAGAGCUCAGAUGUUUGGAGGUUCUCCACUGGAUUGUUGGUAAAUGUUCCUGCCCCACUCUCUGACGACCAUGCUUUACUUCCAGCUGGUGAUCAUGGCGGGGACGGUCAUGCUGGCAUAUUACUUCGAGUACACGGACACGUUCAACGUGCACGUGCAGGGCUUCUUCUGCUACGAGACUGCGUACACGAAACCCUACCUCGGACCCGAGGACACGAGCGCCAUCCCGCCCGCCCUGUUGUACGCGGUGGUCACUGGAGUCCCCACACUGCUGAUAACCGUGACAGAAACGGUGUUGUUCUUGAUACAAUACACAUCAAAAGAUCUUGACAGUCGAGAGAAGACCAUCAUCACCGGGGACUGCUGUUACCUCAACCCAUUAGUGAGGAGGAAUUUCCGUUUCCUUGGUGUAUACAUGUUUGGCCUUUUCACCACUGACAUCUUUGUGAACGCUGGUCAGGUGGUAACGGGGAACCUGGCCCCUCAUUUCCUGACACUGUGUAAGCCCAACUAUACAGCUCUGGGUUGCCAGCAAGCUCUUCGCUACAUCAGCCAUCAGGAAGCCUGCACCGGCAACGAGGACGACAUCCUGCGUGCACGCAAGACCUUCCCUUCCAAAGAGGCGGCGCUCAGCGUGUACGCUGCUGUCUAUAUGGCUAUGUACAUCACAUUUACAGUGAAAGCCAAAGGAACUCGUCUGGCUAAACCAGUCAUGUCUUUGGGCCUGAUGUGCUUGGCUUUUCUAACGGGUAUUAACAGGGUGGCGGAGUAUCGUAAUCACUGGUCUGACGUCAUUGCUGGCUUUAUCAUCGGUGUGGCCAUCGCCACCUUUCUAGUGGUGUGUGUGGUCCAUAACUUCAAAGGCAAACAACUGCUGAACGAGGAUCCCCCCCAGGACCACCUAAGCAGCAAUCCAAUGGUCAGCUCGCCUAGGGUUGAGAGUCCGCUGGAGAAGUACAUCGCUUCACAGAAUCACAUCACCUUCGCUGAGAUCACGUGACCUUGAAUCGCCAGUGUGGCAGACACAUUGGACAUCCACGCUGUUUACCGUCCAAUCCCGAUAGUCCCUGCUCCACGCUAGCGCAGUGGUCAUAUUCUCUAUGGUGUCAUUUUGGAUCGCUCUGCCCUUGCUUUGUGUGUGUGGAAAUAUUGGUCCUGUCAACUAAUAACAGUUACCAUCACGCAACUUAUGACUGAAGCAGCACUUCACAUUUCCCUGACCGGUUCUGUUGGCAUUCUUGCAGACCGAGCUCACAUCUAGAGCUCAGAAUAUCUCAGCUGCUCGCAUAUGUGGAGAGCGUAUGUGUCUGUGUUUGCAUUUGAGAGGUUUAUGGCAGGUUGAUGCAAAUACUUACCUAUUGAUUUCAAAAUGGACUUAACUUGUGGAUAUGUGUGUUUUUUUGUCUUCGUAUAUUACAGAAAAUGUUUGUUCCUAUAUGAAUUUGUUUCCCUUUUAGUGCUUGCAUUAAAUGAGUGCAAACAUA